UCGGGGUUCUGCCACAAGCUCGAAGCCUACCUGCGCGCCGUCUCGCUCCCCUAUACCGUCGUCCCCGUAUACCCCAAUAGCGCGCCCAAGGGGAAAGUCCCGUACCUCGGCAUCGACGACUUCCUCGUCGCGGACUCGCAUCUCAUCAUCAAGCAACUCAAAGAACGUGGGAUAGGGAAGGACCUGAACCGCGGGCUGACGGAGCCGCAGCAGGGCGAGUCGCGCGCAUGGCAGGCGUGGGUGGAGGAAGUGGUAUACCCGUGCGAGAUAUACGAGCGGUGGCAGGACGACGAAGGGUGGGCAGUCACAGCGGCGGAGACGUUCACGCACGUCCGCUGGCCGCUCCGACCGCUGCUCGCGUGGUACUUCCGCCGACGCACAACGAAUGCGCUGUGGUACGGCGGCGUGGGGCGGCACUCACUGGCGGAGGUGUACGAGCUGGAAGAGGAGUUUGUCGGGGCACUGGAGGACAGGCUGCGCGAUGGACGGGAGUAUUUCCAUGGUACGGGAGAGAUGACGGAGGUAGAUGUGGUGUUGUAUGCGUUUCUUGUGCAGGGAGUUAGUCAAGGGAAGGGAAACAGGAGGUUCACGGAGCUGGUGAGGGGACGAAGGUUGGUUCGAGAGUAUGCCAGGAGGUUGCUAAGCAAGUUGUUUCCGGAGUAUGAU